GCCUGUGGUGACCUCUGUCUGCAGCGGGGAGAAGCACUGGGCUCAUCAGAACUCCGGGAAGAGACUACUGACGUUCGGACGAAGAUAUGUAGAGUAGGUAACUCCAGUCCAGUGUCCAGCCACUCGAAUUUAACAAGAACAACAAAAAACAACUCAAUUUUAUUUAAACGCAGUUAUUAAAAAACAAUUUGUAGCUUCGACUGCGUGUUUACUCCGUUACGCCCCGCGUGCGAAGUAUCGAUUACCGUUGGUUAGCUGUUAGCUCCGUUAGCCGUCGGUGUGGUUUAGAUCAGUUAAAUCGGAUGUUUUUCAGCAUCGAUCAGCGCCAUCAUCACCAAGACUACAGGCUCUCUUCACAUCCGGCCCUCUGAUGGAAGGCUGACGGAACAAUGCUGAGAUUCCUCCAUAUCUAUCUAGCAGGCCUGUUGGGUGCUCUGUGGGAUGGAGUAGCUACUUCUGGUUUAGGUACGAUCCGAGUCGUGAAUGGAGAUCACUGUUCCGGGAUCGUCGAAGUAAACUUCCACGGGCAGUGGGGGACUGUCUGCGACCAUGGAUGGGAUAUGCGGGCGGCUAAUGUGGUGUGUUUGGAGUUGGGUUGUGGGCUUGCUGAAUUCUCUCACGGUGCUGAAUUUGGCCUAGGCAGCGGAAGGAUAGUGGUGAACUCUGUCAAGUGCCAUGGACAUGAAUCCAGUCUGGUUCACUGCAAUCUCUCCCCGAACAAGAACUCCUUCUGCACCCAUAAGAACGAUGUAGGCGUGAAAUGCACAGGGACUCUGUUUGAACCCCGGCUUGCGUUGCUGUCUCCUCAGUCGGUCUUCUCUUCUGGGGAGUCUGUUCACUUUCACUGCAGCAGCAUCAUGCAGCUUAACCGCAUCAGCAACGUCCACCUGUACAAGCACGGAAUUGCCACGCCUCUGGUCACACAGAGAGCUGACCCGACUCAGAUGGGAGUGGAUCUUACCUUGUCUGAUGUGGAAACGUUUUACCAGGGCAGCUACAGCUGUCAGUACAGCGUCACACGCGGAUACCCUCCUCAGCAGGUCAGCUCUUCACCCAGCAACACCAUCAACAUCACAGUGGUGGACCUCUUGACUCCCCAGCUCUGGUACAACACGUCCCCCGAGGCUCCGGUGGCCUCCGUCAUCAAAGGGCAGGGUUUUAACAUCACCUGCUCCACCUUGCAGCAGUAUCCUGGAGGUUCCUUCCAGCUUCGUCUCGUCCGCUCCAACGGCACAGUGCGGCAGUCAUUACCCGCACCCUCCCACUAUGUUACUUUCACUUUCUCUGACGCCCAGAGUGCCAAUGAGGGAUACUAUUACUGCAUGUAUCGGGUCCAGCUGGGCGGGCGCACGUUCGUCUCCAGAGAAAGCCAGCCCCUGCCUAUAGCCAUCAGAGAUUCUGACCCAAUCCUGAGCCCCAUGGUGAUCAGCUGGCUUGUGUCUGGAGUGACAUUUGUUGUAGCCAUCAUCAUUAUUUUAACUGUGGCUAAGGUGGUCUGCAACAAGGAGAAGAAACCCUCUGAACUGGAACGAGAGACCAGAACCUGUGUAGACAACACUUAUGUCGCCUUAUCAGUCAACAAGCUCUGAUUGGACCUACAGGCAACAGAGAAAGAAUCUCGUGUGUAGACAAAAAAAGAGGGUUCAAACUGUGCGCACGUCCAUCUGGACAGGAUGUGUAACAGAACUGAUACUUUGAUCAUCCACUGCCUGCUGCCAUCUAGUCUGGAUGAGGACCAACUUUACUCAGCACUUUGAUGGGCAGUGUCUGAGACAUUCCGUACGGUUUUUCAUGUUAUUCAUUAGCAGUUUUAUUGCUGGACAAUGGACAAGACCAUCAUCCAUCACUGUAUUAAUAAGGGUGUAAAAUAAAACGUUUAGUGGGCCAACAGGAAGUUGAACGUUUUUGGUAGUUUGAGGAUAAACCUGCCACAAUGUUGGAGGUAAAACUGGUACUAAACCUGACCAAGUUCAUCAGAUCAAAAUGUUUCAACACUAAUGGACUCUACUACAUAAUUAUACAAAUGUUUACAGAGCAGCACUCCUUUUAAGGAUGUUUAUAGCUCAAGACAAACUACUAUGCAUCAUCAUUAAUGCACUUGUGUCUGUAAAUAAGUUAUAGUAAAAUAAAAUAUUAAAUGCCCAAUGAGUUUUGUGUGGAAGUCGUUAAGACAAUGAUAUUGAAAAUGUUACUGAAGGGUACUUCUGUUUAUCACCUCCAACUCCAGAACAGAUGGAGGCUUUUAAACAUGGUCCAACUAGUUUUGUUCCUGAAUAAAUGAAACUUGAAAUGAGUACAUAUACAAACUCUUU